AUGGCAGGUGAUUUAAAUCUCAAAAAGUCUUGGAAUCCGAAACUAGUCAAGAAUCAAACAAAAGUAUGGGAAUUAGAACAAAAAAAACUCAAACAAUUAAAAGAAGAUCAACUUAAAAAUGAAGAAAGUAAAAAAGAACAAGAAUAUAUAGACUUAUUGAAAUUACAAUAUGGUGAUAAUUACAAGGAUCAUUUAUCAACUAAUGAGAAAUUAAAAGUUAAUAAAUUAAGUUGGAUGUAUGAUGAUGUACCAUUUGAAGCACCAGAAGCAGAAGAAACUAAAAAUACAAGUGGGUUUAUUGAAAGUAAUUUGGAGUUUACUGAUGGUAAAAAAGAAGUGGAAAGUUUAUUGAAUGGUAAUCAAGCUUUCAAUAAGAGAGAAUCUAGGGGAAGUAACGGUGGAAAUGAUCGAUUGAAUAAAAUCAUAGGGUCAGGAUUGAGUAAAAGUAGUAGUAAUUCAUCAGCACUAGAUAAUGACCCUUUGGCGAUGAUGAAACGACAGCAACAACAACAAAGAAGGUCGAGAAUACCGGGCACUGAAAUAUCUUCAUCAUCUUCAUCAAACAGGAUACAUAAGCCGGAUGAUAAACAUAGGCAUAGAUCACAAAAAUCAUCACGUCCAUCAUCACACUCACAUCACAACCCAAGGUCAAGCUCACACCAAUCGCAUCAUUCUAGCGAUAACCGAAGUUCACAUCGUCUGCACGAUAACCGAAGUUCACAUUACAGGUCAAGAGAUCGAGAUCCUAUAUCCAGUUCUGCUAGGAGUUAG